CCGUAAGGUAAGCUAAGGUGUUAUACCUGGGUUUACUUGUAAAGACAAGGUUGGCGGCGGCCUAAGGCGUCUCUCGCUUCUCUGGACUCUCGUAAUCAAGACUGGGGCCUCGUACCUCCAUCUCUUUUGCUACCUAGGUGCUGUUGGCUGACGGACGGGCCUGUCUGUACUUUAUCAGCUUCGUUACAGCACUACCACUGCAACCACCACCAGCGCAACGCAACCAAACGCAACGCAACGCAAGGCGACGCAACAAUCCGGGAUUUAAUUUAUUAUUGCUAACCUUCCAAACUGACCUCACUCGCAUCCUCCCAUCUACCUUACCCGUCGAUUCCUCUCUUGGCCAGCUCUGCUCAACAUCCAUCGGUGAUGCUCCACGGUCCAAGCCGCCGCCAGUGGCCGACCGUCCCUUGCUCACGACUCGCGUUUCUCCUCCCAGUGCGAGUCGAGCUUGAGCCUGCCCACUUCCCCUGAGCACCUGCCCCAGGCUCCUCCAUCGCCCACCAUGAAUGGGGACCUGAGCCUUUCUCAGGCUUUGGGCGGACUGCGCAUCGCCAAUCCUGACGAUGCUGCCGAGGCUAUUAACUCAUCUUUGACUUCUCCUCCUGGGCCCGACUCGACGGCUCAGAAUACCUCCAUCUCCGCUUCAACUUCAACAUCCGCCCUCCACUCUACGCCUCAACCGACUACCACAUCCACCACGCCCUCAUCCUACGAUGCAAUCCGCCUCGAUCCUAUAGAUGCCGGUGUUGGAACCUCACUUACCGAUCCUCGUCUUACUCCCUCCGCUCAACCUUCCGACCCUAUCUCCGAUCCAAGCCCCUCCACAAAUCAUCCGCAGCCAUCUCCUCAAACGGAGCCGUCGAGGUCCUCCGUUUACGGCAUGUCCACUGUGCCAGAACCUGGCUCAAACCCUUCAUAUCCUGUGAGAGAGUCCAGCCGACGAGACCCCCAUCGCUUCAACAACUCAAGCCGACCAGUAUCGGGUUUAAUGUCUGGUGGCAGCCCAUUGCCUCCUCGAAGGAGCUCAAGGGGUAUGGGGGUUGGCUAUGCAUCUGACCCUGGCGGGCCACAGCAGAACCAGCCUUACGCAGGUGACGCGCCGGUCCCAAACAGCAGAGAGGACUGGCAGGAGCGUGGAGCGGCCGUCGGGGUCCGCAGAGAGGUUGAUGCAAAUGGACGUACCGUUGUCCGCCAGGUCAAAAAGGGCGUCCGUGACUUUUCCUUCGGGCGAGUUCUUGGCGAGGGCUCCUAUAGUACAGUCUACAUGGCGACAGAUCGCCAAACUCUCAAAGAAUACGCCGUGAAGGUACUCGAAAAGAGACAUAUCAUCAAGGAGAAGAAGAUCAAAUAUGUCAACAUCGAGAAGAACACAUUAAACCGACUUACUGAGCACCCCGGAAUUGUCCGGCUAUACUAUACAUUUCAGGACGAGACAUCGCUCUACUACGUCCUCGAUUUGUGCAAUGGCGGAGAGCUCUUGGGUGUCUUGAAGAAGACAGGCACCUUCGAUGUUGAAUGUACCAGGUUCUAUGGUGCACAAAUUCUCGACGCCAUUGACUACAUGCAUUCUCGGGGUGUCAUCCACCGAGAUCUGAAACCCGAAAACGUUUUGUUGGAUGACCAGAUGCACGUCAAAAUUACGGACUUUGGAACUGCUAAACUGCUCAAAGAUCCACGUGAAGACCCUUCAGCUGCAUCAGCCAGCGGUGCGCCGGAUCCUGGAAAAGACGAUGACAGUCGUGCAGCAUCAUUUGUCGGUACUGCUGAAUAUGUGAGCCCCGAGCUUCUCACACACAAGAACGCCUGUAAGGCUAGCGAUCUGUGGGCUUUUGGCUGCAUUGUGUACCAGCUUUUGGCUGGUCGACCUCCUUUCAAGGGAGGCAGUGAGUAUCUCACAUUUCAGAAGAUUGUAAAUCUCGAAUACGAAUUCCCGCCUGGCUUUCCACCAGCAGCCAGAGACCUUGUAGAGCGGUGCUUGGUCCUCGAACCAGCCAGACGUCUCACGGUCGAACACAUUAAGAACCACGAAUUCUUCGACGGACAUCCAUUCGGAAAAGGACUCUGGAGGACCAAGGCACCCCGUCUCCGCCCAUAUAUACCACCCCCCCAAGAACCUCAAGUUAUUCAGCUCAACGGAUUUUCCACCUCGUCUAACACCAGGCCUCCACAGCAAUCCCAAGCCACUCCCUCCAAUGGGAAUAAUCGACCAUCGAGGAUAAUAACGGAACUUCCUCCCCCGACACAGCUCGACAUUGAAUGGUCGCCCGUUUUGACUAAGAAUAACGAGCGCAUUCUCAAGUUGGGCGAUCUCAUGGUGGUCUCGACGCCUUUACCUUCAAGUCCCCACGGAAAGGAACCAGGAGAAGGACAUAAGAAGUUGUCUCGUUUCUUUAUCGGCAGCACUACUAAGAAGCGUCAGCGCCUGGUAAUGAUCACAUCUAGCGGCCGAAUUGUCCUUGCUCCGGCUGGUGGAGAGGAGAAAAGAGCGAAGCAGGAGCUGUCUCUGCUUGGCUCAGAUUGCACCUGGAAGACCCAAGUAGACGCAAAGGGUCAAACGGUGUGGUGUGUCAACACAGGCGGCCACCACUACACAUUUGAAGAGGCCAAGUCCUCAUCCACACCCCAAGAAGGUGGCUCCGCUGCCGCCGACUGGGUUGAAUGCCUCGAGAGGGCAAGGGACAUGGCAUUAUCUCAGAACAUGACCACCUCUUAUGGUGGUGAUAGUGGAUUCGCCGACAUGUCGUCUCAAGUUUCAAGUCCAUCAAGUACGUUGGGGGGACCAGGCAACUACUCAGAUGGUUUCGGGCUCAGUGACCGACAGGGACGAAACCAUCUGAGUAAGAAUCAGGGGAACAAUGAAGAUCCCGCGCCAAAACGCAACCGAUUCAGCAAGAGACAAUCGAGGAACGGGCUAGGAUCUGCAUUCUAAGGGUCCUGAACGAAGAAAUGGUGCGGACAAACUCGGAUCUCGACGAGUUUCAGAUCUUACAGCCGAAGACAUUUGUCAUUUUUGCCUCUCAUCGAUCACAUUCAGUACGUUCAUGGCAUUGAGAGCGCGGCGUCUUAAUUGCGGAGUUUUAUUCAUCUGAGCGGACUGGCAAUGCAUUAUUUCGGGGUGCAUUUUGUUUUCAGCGUUGUGGAAGAAGGAUGGCCAGAGCCGCCACCUGGUGAUUAUUUGAUGGGCUCCCAAACACAAGGUUUCUCGAUUUGGAGAAGCGCAAUCUGGACCACCAGAUAGGUUCACGCCUUUGUCGGGCAACUAUUUUCAAGCGUCCUAUAUGUUCUCGUGUUGAGUUUUGGGAAAAACAGCCGCAAAGGUGCCGGAGGCUGGGGUCAAGACUGCAGGUGCAGUAAAUUCAAGUAUGCUCGGGACAGGAGAAGUGGUGAUGUGCUUGGUGUGAGCAAGGACGGGCUCAAAGCUCUGGCACUGGAUCAACUCCAGCCGGUUUUGACAGUCAUGGCUGCCACACUGUAUUUUCUGAGAUCCUAUUCAAAAGGCAAGGCUUGCCAGAAAUGUAGGGACUAUAGAUAGGAACUAUAGUAGGGCGACGAGAGUUGGGCACUCGUUGUUUUGAGGCUUUACUGAUAUAUGAAGAACCAAUCCAUCAAGACAGGAAUGGUAUUCGCCUUUUGAUCAAGCCCAGAUCGCCCUUUCUAGAGCUGUGGAACUGGACCGUGUCCAGUGCCAUUCAGAGACAUCAGCAUUUCUUAGAUAUAAAUCAUAUUCUAUUACCUAGGUACACACAAAAAGGAUGAAUGACCUCUAGUCCGUCAUAUCG